CAAGCAGCUGGCGUUUAAAAAGAGCCAUUCCGAUCGACGUGAUGUCUAUGGAUCCGUCACCAUCAACAUCUCCUAGGCCAGCAUCCAAUUUUGAGCCGGCCUUUGGAGAAUCCAUGUGUACGGAAUUAUUGCCAGCAGCGACCUUUGUGGAAAAACACACGGAGGAACAGGGAAUCCAAUCAAAUUUUGCGAUUCCUUCGGCUACUUCGUCAUUGCAUCUAAGUGGAGCUGAAUCCAAAAUUGAUUUACAGUCGGUGACGCAGUCGCAGUCUUACAGCGUUGCCGCAAAUGCCCUUUACAGUCAAUUUAAGAUCAAACAGCAACUUAAGCAUCAACUGGAGUCACAGCAGGCACAGGCACAGGCAAAGGCACUGGCGACAGCAUCUUUGCAACACACGGAACUGCAGAGCCGACAUCAGCAGCAUCCCCUCCAGCAGUUUAAGCAUCUACAGCAGCCACAGUCACAGUCACAGACACUGGCGAAAACUUCCUUGCAACACACGGAGCUUCAGAGUCGACAUCACCAGCAGCAUCCUCUCCAGCAUUCGCAAAAGAAUUUGCAGCAGCAACAGGCCAAGUGCUUUACGCCACGGGCACUUAAUAAAUCUCAAUUGAGUUUAGCCAGCGAUAGCAUGUCGAUGUCCAUGUCCAGAUCCAACCUGAAUAACGGCAGCAUGGCGUCCAUUAGAAGCGAACAGCAACUGUGCCAGCUGUACAAUUCGCAGCAGCACUCGGACUAUAUUAUAUCCGAUUAUAUGGAUAAGAUAGCGACGCGCAUUAGUUUGCUUGAGACAGAGCUGAAGUUUGCUUGGCGAGCGCUUGACUUACUCUCCAAUGAGUACGGUAAGAUUUGGACAAGGCUAGAAAAAUUGGAGAACAUAUCCGUGGAGCAGCAGUCAGUGAUGGGCAAUCUAAUGGGUCUCAUCGCUGCGGCAAAGCAACAACAAGAACAGCAACAAGUUGACUUAGAUGCCAAUUCUCCGUUCGCUUCGUUUUUGGUAGAAAAUCAACUUUUACCCAUGGAACUGGAAUUGGAUGCCAAUAUUGAUAUCUUGGAGCCAAAGUCCCAAAAGCAAGAUUUUCGCCAUAUACUAGAGGAAUUGAAACACUGUCAGGAAGCGGAAAAUCAAAUGAGCAGCUUGGAGUUAAUUAUGGAUGGCCAUGAGCAAGGACAUACCAUUCCUGGCGACUUGUAUUUGGAUGAAGCAACUUAUGUCUUGGACACGGAUAAUAAUAGCGAUGACCUGUUUUUGCAGUACAACAACGGAUCGUCAGGGAUUAACUUAAAGGAAAGUGGCGCGGAACUGGCUAGGGAUGAUAAGCAACUCGAUAUAGAACAACAUGAGUGCUCGUGGCUGAAGAAUGUAGUUGGCGAUGCAGAUGGUUUUAGCGCACAUCAGAAACGAACCCGAGGGAAGCUUUAUUCCGAAUCGGAUUUACUAAUGUACGAGCAGCAACAGAUUAUGGCGAACAAUGCCCGUGCUGAAUUAUUGCAGGAGUUUUUGAAUGGACAGCGGGUGCUCGAACAAGUGGCUUCCGCUUCCGCUGGUACUUCAGUUCACGGUAGUCUACGUAAUGUUCGGUCAAUACGAGGACAAGAAAUGGGACAGAAAGCAUCUGAUACAAAUGCCUUGACUUCUUCCAAGGAACUCGACGAACUAACCGAAGAUGUGCAGUUUUUUCGGUUAGCCGCCGUUAAAACCGGUCAAGGAGGGAACGAAAUUGAUCCUAUUGAAGAUACCGGAGGGACAAAUUUAAAUUUGCAGCCGGAAGCGACAGAUGAUGGUGAAAUGAACGAAAAUUUCUACAAAAAUCUUAACGAAGCGUAUCGAGAAAAUAAUUUGACAUCAGAAAUAUCCAAUAUGGAGCGCCUGCUACAGCAGGCGAAAAUUACUCACGAGCAUAUGACGGGCUUGCCCUUAAAUACUGGCCAAUCGACAUCUUCUCUGAUGAUGAUCCUUAAGGGAAAAGAGGAGGAGAUGAAAAAUUUAGAUUUUAACCAAACUACAGAAUGUACUACAUCUGCUGAUAAAUCAAUUGAAGGAAUACAGAGACAUGCAGCCAAGGCACGUGAUUCCGCAGCUUUGGAGAGCACAUAUAAGGGUAAAGAGUCACGAAAACAUCGAAAAAAGAAACAUCAUAAGAACGAAAUGGAUAUGAUCAACAAUUUGAAAAGCAUACUUGCCCAGGCAUCUAGUACUACAGAUAACCCAACUAUUGAUUAUGCCAAGUCUUGUCAUCCGCUGUCAAAUAAGCAGGGAGGUAAUUUUUCCACCGAUCCGAGUACCAAUCGCUUAACACAAGCGCAAUCCGAUAGAGACAAUCGACGGUCAACAAACUCCUCAUCUUCGGAAGAUGCCGGCAGUCUUAAUGACCGAAAUAUUGCUAUUCUAGAUUGCAUGACUGACGUUAUAAUAAGAGAAAUAAAUAAAAUAGGCGACUUACAAUCAUUAUCUGCAUCUCAAAUCCUUAAGCUCCGGCAGACAAUUAGAUCUGAGCAGACAUUUUUUGAGAAACUCAAUCAGGUUGACAAGAAUCUAACACUUUUGUUAUUAAAUCCUGUCACUAUGGCUGAAGAGCUGCGACGUCUGCGCGUCCUGGAAGUGGAUGAAAAGUUUGAUCUUGUCAUGAAGAAAUUUGAUAAGAAUAUCGAUACUCUAAAGAAGUUAGUCGGCAAUUCGUUUGAAGAAUACAAAAUAACAAAUACCAAAUAUAUAAAUACCACAAGUACAAGUACAAGCACAAGUACAACUUCAAGUACAAGUACAAAUAUCCCACAGCAUUUAAUUCACCGAAACAAUAGCCAAGUUAACUUGAGAGAAUCUUCUAAGACAAAUGAAUAUAGUGCCCACCUGCUACGCAAUAACUCAGAUCUAGAUGAGCAAUUGAAACUGUUGGAGACUCAAGAGAUUGAAAUAAAUCGCAAAAAAAAUAUUGAAAAAAUAACAAAGAGACGUAAACUGGAUUCUCAUGAUAAUUUUAUAGGCGUAGAGAGCGAAUAUAGUCACGUUCAUCAACCCACCAGUCGGAGUGUCAGUCCCCAAAUAUUGGUAAGUCCAGGACAAAGGCAAAGUCUAAGCAUUGUUGAGAAAGCCUCGAGCUCAACAAAUAUUUACAAUCAGGAUGAGUACAUUAGAUCCUUAAAGAAAAGUCUUGAACGCCACAAUAGUAUGCUGUUUCUGUUACACCUUCAAAAUCCAGAGAAACACAAAGCAUCCGCUGACUUGGAUGACAUUCUACUGGGGCCUACUGGAACAAGUCCUCCACCACCAGCUCCCAAUGACAACGGAUUCGAGGAUAUAUUAGACAUAUCUGUUAAUCCGUUUAGUGCAGAAACGCAUGUAGAACAGAUUUUACAACAACAACCACAACAACAACAACCACAGCCUCUCAAAUCGCCGUCACGGCAGGCCAAGUCAGACUCUGGGCUAUCUUCAAUGAGUGGCUGGUCACCAAAUUCACCCGGAUCCGUGCCUCUAAAUAUUCAUAAUGGAAGCUCAACUUUUAACAAAUACAAUGAUAUUACCAUGGAAAUGAUUCAGAUGAUGCUGGACUUGCAAGCGGGUCCAGACGUAAACUCCAAAAGCGCUCUAAUCGCCGAUAAAGUAAUCAAUAUUGAUGCUGAGUCAAACAUCAAUAUAUUCCAGGAGCAACAGCAAAAUCAACAGUCUGAAAUGGGCAGUGACUAUAUAUUUUCGGAAGAAAAUCUUAAUUAUAUACAUGAGCUAUCGAAAAAUAUUCCGAUUUGUUCAGCAUAUGAAAAUAAAUCUAUGUUUAAUGUGCUGCCAUCCGAGGCAAACCCAAAUGACAAUGAAACCAUUUGCACAAUUGAUGAAAUGCUAGAAUGGGAUCAACAACAGCUCGAAGCAUCGUCUCAGGUACAGCAAAGCGCUGAUCGAUUUUUGGACAGUAUAAAUAUGAAUUCAAAAACAACGAUUAGUACAAAUCGCAUACCGGAUAUUUUGAAGAAUGAAAUACCACAAAGCCUAUCUGUGAAACUGGAUGAAUCGACAAGAGAUUUGUCGGCGAGUGGUAAUGCGCAAUCAGGUCAGCUACGUAUGUCCAAGCUAUCUGGUUAUCUGGAAACUGAUAUUGAUCAAACUCGUAAGCCUCACUUAACAGAUCGACUCGUUUAUUAUCCUACAUUCAACGGCAUCGCCGACUAUAACAGCAGCAAUAAUUUAGACUAUAUGGGCUUUGAACAGUACGAACGUUUCCGCCAACCAAAUUUAGAAGGGCCGUGCAAUAGGCCAUCGGCUCAUCAACAAUUUGUGAAUUCUUAUCCAACUAAGAAGAAAUUUCAGUCUACAAAUCAAUCAUCGGCCAAUGCCUAUAGCAACGGUAACCAGCAAAUCCGGGAUAUGCCAGCUAUGCAGCCAGUCGAAUCGAAACACACACCCAAGGUGUGGAACAAGCUUACCAACCUACUACCGGGUAAUUUGAAAUUGAAGCGAUCGAUAAGGUACAACCGAUCCCACUCCUUACCCAGUGGGGAUGUGCAGGCAAAGGGCUCACAGAUGCAAGUGCGUGGCCAGGCAGGCUCGUAUCCGUUUGUUACAGCCUCUGCUCACAUACGGUCCCACGGCAGCGUUCAUAGUAGUUUUGAGCUAUCGAAACGUAUUCAAAAGUUGCCGAUGCGAAUAAUACAACGAGCUACGUCUACCCCUUCAGAGCGGAGUUCGCCAGAUUGUUCGAAUCCAGUUCGAACUCAUAAGCAAAAGAAACGCUCGUUUUCGACAAAAAUGAAUAGUUUAAUGCAGAAGGCAAAAUCGUAUAAGCGGCACAGCUUUGGCCUGCGCCACGGAUCUAGCAUCUCAGAUACCGAAAUAGAUAUCCCAAACUUUACAUCCUCCGACAAUGAUGACUCGGCGACCAGCGAGUUUGAAACCAAUCAGCAGUUGGCAGUCCAAGACUUGUCGGUCCACUCUGAUAACGAUGAUAACUUCGACCCUACUAAAGUAACCGAAAAUCGGGACGAUAAUUAUUAUGAAGACACGCCCGAUAGUAGUUUGCAAGUAAAUCUGGCGAAUAAUUUAUUCGCCGUUGUCGGUGACCUAAAGAGAAUACAGGCGACAACAGACGCUUCGCCAUCAAUGCCGAUGCCGAUGCCCAUGCCUGUGCCCAUGCCCAUGCCCAUGCCCGUGCCCGUCUCAACGGUGGACGAUCUUCAGUUGGAUCAGACAUUCGAGUCAAUGCAACAAUUCAACAACUCUGACCAAGUUCCAGAAAUAUUUGUUGAAACCAAUGAAAUUUCUAACACUCAAACGCCCCAUGAGACUAGCAUGCCACACGCAUUUCAAGGCAUUUCAAAUUUUGUACAAAAAUCCAACGUAGUUUAUGAGGAUGACAAGGAGUGCAGUGUGAAGUCUGCAGAAAUAAUCCCAACUACAACGAGCACCACGAUGACCCAAUUAAAUGGGCUGCCGCAGCUUGGGCGGGGAACAGUUUUGGCCACACAACAAUCUUUAGACAUUCCAAACAGUCUCUGCUAUGGUUUGAGGGAUGACGAUGACAAUCGCAGUCAACAUUCCGGGCGCACACUCUCGUCGUCACGACGUCAGAGCACUGAGGACAGCAUUGACACGGACGACGAGUACUUUUGCUACGAAUUGCGCCAACUUGAGGAACUUGAACAACAGCGCACUGAGGCCCAAGCAGCGGCAGCGGCAGCAGCAGCAACAGCGGCAGACCCGGAUUGCUUUGAGCAGCAUCCUGACAACGAUGUGCUAUUUACGCAGAUUGGUCAGUUAGCCAUGAGUGGUGCUGAGGGCGACAGCAUUUAUUAUCCGGAUUCGGAAAAGUAUUUACUUGCUCAGACCGACUAUGUACCGGAUGAUAGCGUUAAGCACAAGAUGUCUCAGGUGCUGAACGAGCUCAGGUGCGUAGUUAAGCUGGAACCCGAUAUGGGCUAUCGCGCAACUAAUGCGAAUGAUGUCAUUAACGUGCCUGGCAUCGCUGACGUCACUAAUGCUACUGAGGGCAGGGAAUUUGAAUUACUGGGCAAGCAAAAACAUUCGCUUGGUGGUGAAAAGUUGGUUAAAGUCUUGGAUAUGCAUAGCGCUUGGCAGGAUGUUAAUAACGAAUAUCAGCUACCAAGCUCCGAUCUGGAGAUGAACGGAUCUGCCAAAGAUGCUCACAAGGAGCUACUAGUGCUCCAAGACUCACAAAACAUCGACCAAGCAUCGACAUUACAUCAGCCGUCAACUCUCCCAGCUGUAGAUGCAUCGGUGUCGGAAAAACAACUCAAACGCUUCAAAAAGAAAAGGCGCGAAAGGGGAAAGGGGGCAAAUCCUCGUGCAGCCGAACAUGACAUCGUUCCUAUCGACUCGCAACUGGCAUUAAGUUCCUCAUACUCGUCUGAGGAUGAAUACGAGUACAAACAAAAACUGAGGUCCUCUGGCGGAAACGGAUUAAAAGCCUUGCUCGAUCGGCGGGCUCAUGAUGCUGCAUUGCAGGACGAGCAACCCAUCGAAUCGGACAUCGUGCACGAGUCUUCCAGUGUCACAUCAGGGCCUGAUACGCCAGCUGCACUAAGUGAUGAUGUGGACUUGGUUGACGACGAAAUAGUAGACGAUCUGUCCUUGAGUAAAAAUGCAUUUACAGGUCAUAAAGAAAAUGCUGUGCAUGGAGCCGAUUUAAGGGAUCCACGCAACAGCUUAACGGGCGAAGUAUCUGGGCCGCAUGGGCCAGUAUAUUUACCGACUGACAACUUUCGGACGCCCAAUUCACCGGAUGUGUUACCGACAGUUAACAACACUCCGCCUCCACCCCUUAAAUUGACUAGCCAGGAUUCGAGUGUUGAGGGGUCCCAGGCAGGUACUGUAAAUAGCGCAGGGGUUAACUUAAGCAGCAGUAAGUGGAAGUUGCUGAAAACGUUGAAAGAGCGUAAAAUCGAGGAAAAAAACAAUCUGGACAAAAUGAAGGAAGAAGAGUUGUCAAAAGAUAAGGAGAAGAAUGGUACCGGAACAGGUGAUGUUAGCUUGCGUACCAAUGGUCACCCGGGUGAUAAUCCGUUCUACAGUAAUAUUGACAGUAUGCCCGACAUUCGUCCAAGGCGUAAAUCUAUUCCCCUUGUCUCUGAACUGACAAUGGCAGCCACGAAACGUAAUGCCGGACUGACGUCGGCAGUUCCCCGAGCAACGCUUAAUGAUGAAGAACUGAAAAUGCAUGUCUACAAGAAGGCGCUGCAGGCACUUAUCUACCCAAUAUCAUCAACCACCCCACAUAACUUUGUACUGUGGACGGCCACCUCCCCAACUUAUUGCUAUGAGUGCGAGGGCUUACUUUGGGGCAUUGCUCGCCAGGGAGUGCGAUGCACCGAGUGCGGCGUAAAGUGUCACGAAAAGUGCAAGGAUCUACUUAAUGCUGACUGUCUACAGCGUGCCGCUGAGAAGAGCUCCAAGCAUGGUGCCGAAGAUAAGGCUAAUUCCAUCAUAACCGCCAUGAAAGACCGCAUGAAGCAACGGGAACGGGAAAAGCCAGAAAUAUUUGAAUUGAUCAGAAUAUUUGCCAAUAUUUAUGUAUUUUGCAAAAGCAAUAUGCUGGAUGCUGCGUUAUAUAUUAUAAUCAAAGCCGAAAACUUUAACUUUCUAUACUGUACUAUGCCCAUACUACUAUGUAUAUCUAGAGCCGUAUUCAGCAUUGAAGAGAAAAGCCAUACUGGUCAUAUGAAGGCUGUGAAGCAAAGCGUCCUGGAUGGAACCAGUAAAUGGUCGGCAAAGAUAGCAAUCACAGUGAUUUGUGCUCAAGGCCUGAUAGCGAAGGAUAAAAGCGGUACGAGUGAUCCAUAUGUGACGGUGCAAGUUAGCAAGGUGAAAAAACGAACGCGCACAAUGCCCCAGGAGCUAAACCCUGUGUGGAACGAGAAGUUUCACUUCGAAUGCCACAACUCUUCAGAUCGUAUCAAAGUUCGUGUGUGGGAUGAGGACAACGAUCUUAAGUCAAAACUGCGACAAAAGCUGACGCGCGAAUCAGAUGAUUUCCUAGGGCAGACCAUAAUUGAAGUUCGAACGCUGUCCGGAGAAAUGGACGUGUGGUACAAUUUGGAGAAGCGUACCGACAAGUCGGCUGUGUCGGGGGCUAUUCGACUACACAUUUCCGUUGAGAUAAAGGGCGAGGAGAAGGUUGCACCCUACCAUGUACAGUACACUUGCCUGCAUGAGAACCUCUUUCAUUACUUAUGUGAAGAGAAUAGCGGCAUGGUCAAGCUACCUAUACAAAAAGGAGAUGACGCCUGGAAGCUGUACUUUGAUGAAAUUCCUGAAGAAAUUGUUGAUGAAUUCUCUAUGCGUUAUGGCAUCGAGAAUAUUUAUCAAGCAAUGACACAUUUUCAUUGCCUCUCCGCAAAGUAUCUGUGCCCAGGAGUGCCGGCCGUGAUGAGCACCUUAUUGGCGAAUAUUAACGCAUAUUAUGCACACACAACUGCAUCUUCAGCUGUUUCAGCCAGUGAUCGAUUUGCAGCGAGUAACUUUGGAAAGGAGAAAUUUGUGAAAUUGCUAGAUCAGCUGCACAACUCGCUAAGAAUCGAUCUCUCAAUGUAUAGAAAUAACUUUCCCGCUUCAAGUCAAGAAAAACUUAUGGAUCUCAAGUCGACAGUUGACCUCCUGACCAGUAUUACAUUUUUCCGCAUGAAGGUUCAAGAGCUGUCCAGUCCACCAAGAGCAAGUACAGUUGUCAAGGAUUGCGUAAAAGCUUGUCUUAGAUCCACCUAUCAAUUCCUUUUUGAAAACUGUUACGAGCUCUACAACAGGGAGUUUCAGGUGGAUCCAAACGAGACGAAACGUGAUACCGAUGACCAUGGCCCAAAACUAGACAGUGUAGACUUCUGGCAUAAACUUAUCGCAUUAAUUGUUUCUGUUAUUGAUGAAGACAAAAACAGUUAUGGAACAGUGCUCAAUCAAUUCCCCCAGGAACUGAAUAUUGGACAGCUAUCAGCUGCUACUAUGUGGGGUCUUUUUGCCGUAGACAUGAAGUAUGCGCUUGAAGAGCAUGAGCAGCAUAGACUUUGCAAGUCAUCUGCAUAUAUGAACUUGCAUUUUCGUGUUAAAUGGCUAUACAGUAAUUAUGUUAAGGAGGUGCCGCCAUAUAAAGGAGCUGUUCCUGAGUAUCCAGCCUGGUUUGAGCCUUUCGUAAUGCAAUGGCUGAAUGAGAACGAUGAUGUGUCGUUAGAAUAUCUUCAUGGUGCGUUUAACCGUGACAAAAAGGAUGGGUUCCAAAAAAGCAGCGAACAUGCUUUGUUCUCGAAUUCUGUAGUCGACGUUUUCACACAACUGACGCAAUGUUUCGAUGUUGUUAGCAAGCUCGAGUGUCCAGAUCCAGAAAUUUGGAAACGUUACAUGAGGCGUUUUGCUAAAACAAUCGUAAAAGUGCUAAUUGCCUAUGCUGAUAUUGUGAAAAUGGAGUUUCCAGAGCAUAUGAGGGACGAACGAAUUGCCUGUAUUUUAAUGAACAACAUACAGCAGCUGAGAGUUCAAUUGGAGAAAAUGUUUGAGUCUAUGGGAGGUGAUAAGCUGGAGGAGGACGCAGCCAACAUCCUUAAAGAACUUCAGCAGAACCUUAACUCGGCUCUGGACGAUUUAGCUUCACAGUUUGCUAUAAGCUUGGAACCACGUAUAACACAGUCGGUGCGAGAGCUUGGUGACAUGCUGCUUUCGAUCAAGGGAGGUGGCGGAAGCCUCACAGCCGGAAAUCAGGCAGUACAACGGAAUGCCGUUGCCGUUGAAGCCGACGAUGUGCUAAGACCGUUAAUGGACUUACUUGAUGGUUCCCUAACCUUGUAUGCCCAGUCCUGUGAAAAGACAGUGCUGAAACGUUUGCUCAAAGAACUUUGGAAAAUAGUUAUGCGAAUUUUGGAAAAAACAAUUGUCCUGCCACCAAUGACUGACAAAACUAUGAUGUUCAAACAUCUUACUGAUAAUGCAAAGAAUUUGGCUUCAAAUGCAAAAAUAGAAGACAUGGGCCGCUUGUUCAAGUCGCAUAUGGCAGGAAAACAGGACGUUAAAAGUGCUCUUAGCGGUGUUAUGGACAUAUCAAAAGAAGUUGAAAAGAACCUAUCCCCCAAACAAUGUGCCGUUCUAGAUGUUGCCUUAGAUACAAUAAAACAAUACUUCCAUGCCGGUGGUAAUGGACUGAAAAAGACGUUUCUAGAAAAGUCAUCGGAGUUGCAGAGUUUACGGUAUGCACUUAGCUUGUAUACACAAAUGACAGAUACCCUUAUUAAAACCUUCAUUUCGAGUCAAGUGCACGAAGUUGACCCGGAAAACGCCGAAGAGAGUGUUGGUGAAAUCUCAGUGCAAAUAGACCUAUUUUCACAUCCUGGCACGGGAGAGCAUAAAGUCAACGUUAAAGUCGUCGCUGCCAAUGAUCUAAAAUGGCAAAUACCAUCUGGUAUGUUCAGACCAUUUGUGGAGAUCAAUCUAAUCGGACCGCACCUUCAGGACAAAAAGAGAAAAUUUGCGACUAAAUCAAAGUCAAAUAACUGGUCUCCCAAGUACAACGAAUCGUUUAGCUUCGCCAUUGGUAAUGAGGAGCAACUUGAUUUCUUUGAGCUACACAUCUGCGUUAAGGACUAUUGCUUCGCCAGAGACGAUCGUCUUGUGGGAGUUGCAGUUAUACCUUUAAAGGAUAUAUCUGAAAAGGGAUCGGUCGCAUGUUGGUUGCCGUUACAGCGCCGCAUCGAAAUGGACGAGACUGGUUGGACCAUUCUAAGAAUACUAUCGCAGCGCAAUAACGACGAAGUCGCCAAGGAAUUUGUUAAACUGAAAUCAGAAAUACGUCAGGAACCGACAAUGGGUACUUAAAUACUCGAACCUUCGCAAACUCUCACAUAAAACCCACAUGUACUAUCUAAAUACACUACGUACAUGAAGAACACAUCUUAACAAGGAAUCAUGAGUUUACUCGAUUAUGAAUAAGAAGUUAUACAUUUUAGUAUCAUUAUCCCUUUCUAACAUAUACAUAUAUAAAAAUACAUAUACAGUACAACAAAUAAAAGAAGAACAUAUAAAUAUCUAUCUAAGUUUAUCUAUGAUAUUAUUUGAUACCUAUAUAUAUGUGGUAAACGCCAGUGGUGUAAAAAGUUGAUAAUGUAUAACUUCAUAUCCCUUUAAGCACACACAGACCUAAAACGUACAUGUGUACUAAAAAAAAAAAAACUAAAUAUUUUGCUUCCCAAAAGAACCAAA